AUGAGCAGCUACCGUGUCUGCGUGUGCUUCAACCGGAGGUUCAAGGUGGCGGAGGCGGUGCCGCCACAGGACGUGCGGGACCUCUUCAACAAGUACUCCGACGGUGGGACCAACAUGACUCCCGACCAGCUCCGCCGCUUUCUCUCGGAGGUUCAGGGCGAGGACGACGACGAUGACGACCACCCCCACAAGGCGGUGGAGCAGGUGGUGCAGAAGCGCCAUCACAUUACCAAGUUCGUGAGACACAACCUCACCCUCGACGACUUUCAUUAUUACCUCUUCUCCCCCGACCUUAAUCCCCCCAUUGGAUCUCAGGUUAAUCAGGAUAUGACGGCUCCCUUGUCCCAUUAUUUCAUAUACACUGGCCAUAACUCCUAUCUCACUGGCAAUCAACUCAGCAGUGAUUGUAGUGAUGUCCCCGUUAUAAAGGCAUUGAAUAGAGGCGUGAGAGUGGUGGAGCUUGAUAUAUGGCCCAAUUCCACCAAAGAUGAUGUGCUUGUUUUACAUGGAAGGACAUUGACAACUCCUGUGGAGCUCAUUAAAUGUUUGAAAUCCAUUAAAGAACAUGCUUUCUCUGCAUCUCCCUACCCAGUCAUAAUAACUCUGGAAGACCAUCUUACACCAGACCUUCAAGCUAAAGUUGCUAAGAUGAUUACUCAAACAUUCGGAGACAUGCUGUUUUGUCCAAAUCAUGAAAAUUUAAAAGAUUUUCCUUCACCUGAAGAAUUGAAGUAUCGGAUCAUGAUAUCAACAAAGCCUCCAAAAGAGUACCUAAAAUCUAAAAGUGCUAAGGAAAAUUCCAAAAUAUUGCUGAAAUCAAAGGAUUCUGAUGAAGAUGAAUGGGGAAAGGAGGUCACUGGUGUUGCAAAAGCCCAAAACGAAGAUGAUCUGGGUGACUUUGACUCAAAUCAACAGAGUGAUGAUGAUGAGUCAAAUGAGGAUGAUUCUGAAACAAAUCAGCAGAGUGAUUAUAAGCGUCUAAUUGCUAUUCAUGCUGGAAAACCCAAGGGCAGUUUGAAGGAAGCAUUAAAAGUUGAAAAUGAUAAAGUUAGACGCCUUAGCUUAAGUGAACAAGCCCUUGAAAAGGCUACUGAGUCACUUGGAACUGAUCUUAUUAGAUUCACCCAAAAAAACUUUUUGAGGGUGUACCCCAAGGGUACACGGGUCAACUCCUCCAACUACAAGCCUCUGGUUGGCUGGAUGCAUGGUGCUCAAAUGGUUGCAUGCAAUAUGCAGGGAUAUGGCAGAAAUCUUUGGUUGAUGCAUGGAAUGUUUAGAUCCAAUGGGGGAUGUGGUUAUGUCAAAAAGCCAGACUUUCUUAUGAACGUAGGUCCAAAUAAUGAGGUAUUCAAUCCUAAAGAUGAGUUGCAAGUGAAGAAGACUCUAAAGGUGAAAAUAUAUGUGGGUGAUGGAUGGCGUCUGGAUUUCAAACAAACUCACUUUGACUUGUAUUCUCCGCCAGAUUUUUAUGCCAGGGUUGGUAUAGCUGGAGUGCCAGCUGAUGUGAAAAUGAAGAAAACGAAGAUAAAAGAGGAUGAAUGGAUACCUACUUGGGAAGAAGAGUUCACCUUCCCUUUAACUGUUCCAGAACUUGCUUUGCUCAGAGUGGAAGUGCAUGAAUAUGACAUGUCCGAAACAGAUGAUUUUGCAGGCCAAACUUGUUUACCAGUCACUGAAUUGAAGCAGGGGAUCCGCGCAGUUCCACUAUAUGACCGUAAGGGAGAGAAGUACAACUCAGUUAGGCUUCUUAUGCGAUUUGAGUUAAUUUAA